AUCAGCAGUAAAAGGGUCAAGAAUGAGGAAUUCCCCUUUUGUAAUCCCACACAGGGUUGGAGCUGUAGCGGUACUGAUCUUCAUACUUGGAGCUAUUUCUUCGGUCUUAAUAAACAAAUCAUCAUUUGGUAUUUUCGUAUUUUUCCAAACUAAACCCUUAAAUAUGGGACGUGUCGACUCUUCGUCAUUAUCUUCGCCUGAUAAGAUCAUAACCACUAACAUAAAGCUGACAUGGGAUGUCGACUUCACAGAGAAGAGCAUCAAGGGCAGUGCUAUUCUGGACGUUAAGACCCUGGAGGAUUCGGUUACACAUUUGGUUCUCGACACACGUUCCUUAACAAUCCAUUCAGUCACAGAUUUCAAGACUGGCCAGAAGUUAGACUUCAAUCUUAAGGAAGAGGUUAAACCGUAUGGAUGGCCACUGGAGAUAAAAUUACCUACAAGUGCUCAACAAAAAGGUAGCACUGCAAAAAUUUCCGUUGAAUAUGCAACGUCACCAAAUGCUUCAGCUUUGGCAUGGAUGGAACCUGAGCAGACAUCUGGCAGGAAGCACCCAUAUCUUUACAGCCAGUGUCAGGCUAUACAUGCAAGAAGCAUUGUUCCAUGUCAGGAUACCCCGGCAAUCAAAAUCACGUACCAGGCUGAUGUAACGGUUCCGCAUAAGUUGACUGCUUUGAUGAGUGCCACUCGACUGGAGAAUCAACUUUCAUCUAGAGAUGGUGCCAAGAGAAUCUUCAAAUUCCACCAGACUGUGCCCAUUCCCAGCUACCUAUUCGCUAUUGUCGUGGGGGCGCUAGAAAGCAGGAAGAUUGGCCCUCGUACAUCUAUAUGGUCCGAAGCUGAUAUUGUAGAUAUUGCUGCAGCUGAAUUUGAAGAUACAGAGAAGAUGUUGGUUGCUGCUGAGUCAAUAGCAGGUCCAUACAACUGGGAUCAAUACGACCUUCUGGUGCUUCCACCAUCGUUCCCAUUUGGAGGAAUGGAGAACCCGUGUCUCACAUUCGUCACACCCACGCUUCUGGCUGGUGACAAGUCACUUGCCAAUGUGAUUGCCCACGAGAUAGCGCAUAGCUGGACGGGAAACCUGGUUACAAACCUCAAUUGGAAUCACUUUUGGUUGAAUGAGGGCCACACUGUGUUUUUGGAGCGCAAAAUAAUUGCUAAGCUCAAUGACGAGCAGACCAGGCACUUCCAUGCCAUUGGUGGCUGGAAGGACCUUAUCAACAGUGUGAAAGAAUAUGGUGAAGAACAUGAAUUUACAAAGCUAAUUCCCUUUCUUGAGGGCAGUGAUCCUGAUGAUUCUUUUUCCAGUGUUCCGUAUGAGAAAGGGCACACGUUCUUGUUUUACCUCGAGACUCUUGUUGGCGGGCCAGAGGCUAUGGAUGGAUUCUUGAAGCAUUACAUAGCAACUUUUGCCCUCAAGAGCAUCGACACAGAUCAGUGGAAAGAGUGCUUUCUGGACUAUUUCCAAAAAAAGGUGCCCAGCGAUGCAUUCGAUGGUGUUGAUUGGGAUACUUGGUUCUUCAAACCUGGUAUGCCACCAGUUAAACCUGACUACGACACAACUUUGGCAGAUGCUUGCACUGAAUUGUGUGAACUUUGGGACCAGGCUUCUGAGGACGAUCUCGGUGGCUUCAGCAAGACAGACAUUGAGGACUUCUCAGCACUACAGAUAAAGGAAUUCCUAGGACAACUUCUGCAGAAGGAUCCCCUGCCAAUUUCUCACAUACUAGCUAUGGAUAAUGCUUAUCAGCUAAGUGCCUCUCACAACUCAGAGAUUAAAUUCAAGUGGUUGGAACUGCAAAUCAAGUCUGAACAUGAACCUGUAAUACAGCCUGCUCUAGACUUUGUCAACAUCCAAGGACGAAUGAAAUUUGUGCGUCCAAUUUACAGGGAAUUGUAUGCAUAUGACAAGGCAAGUGACAAAGCGGUUGCCAAUUUCAAAGAGCAGGAAAAGUAUAUGCAUCCGAUCACACGUUCCAUGGUUGCCAAGGACUUGAACUUGGAGUGAUGUCAUGGAGAACCGACCGAUUUUUUUAUAUUUUUGUAUUACACCUCUCAAAGAGGACUUGAAAAUAUAUAAUUUUUUCUUAGUUUGUAAAUAGGAGUUGCUCCUAAACAAUUUUGUCUUAGUUUUUAAACACUAUAAAGCCAACAAUAUUUUUUUUAUUUUUUGUAUUGUGACUCGAAAAUACUGUUUUCAUAGUUUGUAAACAGGAGUUUCUCCUAUAAAGCUAACGAUAUUGUAUUGCACCUCAUAGAGGACUCAAAGCAUAUUUUUUUCUUAGUUUGUAUUUAAUACAAAAUACAUGAAGCCUUUGCAUACUACAAAAACGCUGCAUUUUUUCUACCAAUUGCAGACUGCUCGCAGAUAUAGCAUACCCCUUCAUACCAGAACAUUCUUCAACUCUCAACAAAAAUCUCCAUCAUGAUUAAUUGCAUGACAGUACAUUGACCAAUUGAUAUAUUUUCCUUAAGAGGGAUUGAUUUGAACAGUAUGGUGUGCGGCUUUAGAUGAAAAUCUCUUAUAGGUUUUUAAGAAAGAUAUUAAUUAGUGCCUGAUGAUCAAUAAAAUCACUAUCAUUUUAAA